GCGGACGAGGAGUCUGCGCGGUGCGGUGCGGCCAAAGCACUGUCCCCUCUCACGGCCAUCCUCUAUCCGUGUAACUCGUCGCACAAUGUUUUUAAUAUUUCAUCAGGCUGUAUGUCCUUCGUAAGACUUUGGUUUGACUCCACCAUUUUUUCAGAUUGCUAUGGCGACGGUGGUGAUGGAGCAGAUCGGCCGCUUGUUCAUCAACGCCCAGCAGCUGCGUCAGAUCCCUCAGCUGCUCGAGUCGGCCUUCCCCACGCUGCCUUGCACCGUCAAGGUGACCGACGUUCCCUGGGUGUUCCAAGAGCGUCACAUCCUCACCGGCUACAGGCAGCCGGACCAAAGCUGGCGCUAUUACUUCCUCACCCUCUUCCAAAGGCACAACGAGACCAUUAACGUAUGGACCCAUCUCUUGGCCGCCCUGGUCAUCUUGGUGAAGUGGCAGGAGAUCUCAGAGACGGUGGAUUUUUUGCGAGACCCUCACGCUCAGCCCCUCUUUCUCAUUCUCCUCGCGGCCUUCACCUACCUCUCCUUCAGUGCGCUCGCUCAUCUCUUAUCUGCCAAGUCCGAGCUCUCCCACUACACUUUCUACUUCCUGGAUUAUGUCGGGGUUGCCGUCUACCAGUACGGGAGCGCGUUGGCACACUACUACUAUGCCAUCGAGGAGACUUGGCACGCCAGGGUGCAAGGGCUCUUCUUACCCGCUGCUGCUUUCUUAGCCUGGCUUACGUGCUUUGGCUGCUGCUACGGUAAAUAUGCUAGUCCCGCCUUGCCUAAGCUUACUCACAAGCUUUUCCAAGUGGUGCCCUCGGCCUUGGCUUACUGUUUGGACAUCAGCCCUGUCGUUCACCGCAUCUACACCUGCUACCAGGAAGGCUGCUCCGACCCGGUGGUAGCGUACCACCUCUACCAUGUGCUCUUUUUCCUCAUCAGCGCCUACUUCUUCUCCUGGCCCCACCCGGAGAGCUGGUUCCCGGGAAAGUGCGACUUCAUUGGUCAGGGCCACCAAAUCUUUCACGUGUUUGUGAUGGUUUGCACCCUGAUGCAGAUCGAAGCACUGCGAAUAGACUUCACCGAGCGGAGGCCGCUGUACGAGCGACUUCACGGCGAUCUGGCUCACGACGCCAUCGCGCUUUUCAUCUUCACCACCUGCUGCAGCGCUCUGACUGCUUUUUACGUGCGCAAACGUGUGCAUGCUUCUCUCCAUGAGAAAGACCAUUAAAGAAGGCGACGUUAGAACUCCCAAGUUGCUCUUCGGUGACCGGUCAUUUUUAUGUUUUAUCAUCUUAACUGUUUGUGACGGUAGCCUCUGUAACAGAAAUAACACCAUCAGAGCUGGGAAUGGAGUUACGGUGAUAAGUCUCCUUUUACACAGAACCCAGCAAAAGUGGGAUCUUUCAGGACCGGUUAGCAUCUGGUUGCCGGAUAGCAACACUAGCCACGUAUACAUGGACCCAAAUAUUCCAAUUCCAUUCCGGUUAUUUGCUCAAACGGAAAGAAUCUAACCUUUGUAUACACCUCAUUCCGAAAGAAAAGUGCCAGUCCGAAUGAAUAUAUAAUCGGAUUCACAGGGGUGGAAUAUUCCUUUCCCCAAUCGGAUUGAUUCAAAGGGAAAGUUGUCAGACUGCGUUCUUCUUCUUCUGUUGUUUAUUGGCGGUUGGCAAGCAGCUUUCGUGUGCAUUAGCGCCAUCUGUGGAACAGAAUCUAAACCCUUCUAUACGCCAUUCACAAGUCCAGUUUUAUUAAAAAAGAAAAUACAUAUCUAUAUAAAACAUGUGCCGAGCUUAAUUAUAAAAUAUUAGCAAGAUUGAACUUUAUCUUUUCCUGUUCCCGGGUGCGUUCUUUCAGCGAAUGCUGAGAUAUGACGUAACACGCAGCUCCAGACGUUCUUUGAUUUAAAAAAAUGGAGGCUAGCAAUCGGCACUGGACUGCUGCGGAAAGUUUGUUUUUAUCCAAACUAAAUUUCAAGACUGGACGAAGGAAAAACUGGCAAUACGGAGUUAUUCCAACAAGUGAAAGAAAAACUGGAGGAAGUCGGUAUCACGUGAUGUUGGUGUUUACGCUUUACUGCGCAUGCCCCAUUGACUAUUCUGGUUGAUUAUAGCGGCGCAUGUAGACACACGAUUGGAAUAUUCCUUUCCAUGUAUACCAUUGCUUUCGGAAAAGUCAUUCGGAAAGAGAAAAACUCCUCAUGUAAACGUGGCUAAUGUGGGGGAAAAAGAACGAGUGUCCGGUGUGAAACUUGUCCGACUAUUACUGUAUUUCCUUUCACACAGGGGCCGUCCUUCCUCUGUUACGUUCUUUAUACUAACUCAGAUGGCAGUCUAUUGGUGGAACAACAGAGACGCAGACAAAAGGCAGAGAAAGUGGCGUUGACCCCAUCUUUUUAUAUAUUCAAAGUAUAAAAAAAUUCUUCAUUAUCAGUGGAAUAAAAAUCUAAAAAGGAUAUAAUCAUCAUAGUUACCAUUAUCCUAAAAAUAGCAUUAUAACUCUUCUGUUUACCAACCUGCCCAACCUUUGAGUCACGGUCAACAAAGUUAGCACCCCUACAGGUUUAUGGGUGCAUGUGAGUGGCACAAAGAAAAGCUCUGAUUUUUUUUGGGAGAAGUUGUUUAGCACCACCUUCUGGUUUGCUUGUGUAAAACUCUAGACCCCUUAUAAGAGAAAUGUUGUCAAUUGAGAGUGAAGCCAAUUCAGUGGAUUCACUCUCACUGUUUUUUAAGAAAUAUAUUACUGAAUACUGGCUGCACGGAGGUCAAGUGGAGAUCGGGAAGACCCGAUGCAUGCGUGGGUUUUCUCCGGGUACUCCGGUUUCCUCCCACAUUCCAAAAACAUGCUAGGUUAAUUGGCCACUCCAAAUUGUCCAUAGGUAUGAAUGUGAGUGUGAAUGGUUGUUUGUCUAUAUGUGCCCUGUGAUUGGCUGGUCACCUGUCCAGGGUGUACCCCGCCUCUCGCCCGAAGACAGCUGGGAUAGGCUCCAGCAUACCCCCUGUGACCCUCGUGAGGAUAAGCGGAAUAGAAAAAGAACAAAUGGAAAAUUUUGCGGAAAACCAAUAUUCCGAUAUUGUCCAACUCUCGAUUUACGAUACUGAUAUCAACCAAUACGAUACCAAUACAUGUAACAUGACAUACCUCCUGUGGUGGAAUGAACAUAUGUGUUGUAUACAGCAUUUUUCAAAUAUCGUUUUUUGUGAUUGGGAAAAAAUAUCAACCGAUAUCAAUUUUUUAUGCUGU